GUUCUAGUAGUUACGUACACUGCUCAACACCCUACUUCUUUUCCCUAAUUCCCCCCAAAUCUCUCUACUCGCAGUUUCGAGCAGAGAAAGAGAAAGGGAGAUGGGUGGAGCCCAAGCUUUCAAGAGAAUCCCUCGCAUUAGGUUUCCGCAGAGGCAUCCAAAAUCUUCAGGUUCUUCUUCCCAGUCUCAGGAGACAUCCACAGCUGGCGAUGCAAAUCUGAGUUUCUUCUCAAAUUCACAGGCUCCUGGAACAGUUGGGGGAAAAGCUUCUUUGCAGCCAAAACGAACUCCUGUGUCCAAUGAAGAAAUUGAAUCCAUUUUGCUGGGUGGCUGCAUCUGAUCAAAUGGUAGAACUACAAGAAGGAAGGGGAACAUGUUCUUUUUUUCUUUGUUAUCUUCUUCAUUCACUGAACAUCAAAACAUAAGUUCCAAAAGGUUCCUCUAAAUGUAAGGAGAUUACGAUUACAAAAUGAUGAACAAACUGCAAUCACAACAAAACAGCCUAUAUACAUUU